GUUGCUUAAGACUUUUAUCUAUUUCAGAAACAAAAAGAUAGUUAAAAAAUAUCCACUAGCAACUAGCAAUGGCAAGCAAUGGAGAAAAUGGAAGACAUCAAGAAGUUGGACACAAGAGUCUCUUGCAAAGUGAUGCCCUUUAUCAGUACAUUCUUGAAACAAGCGUGUACCCAAGAGAGCCUGAAGCCAUGAAAGAGCUAAGAGAGAUUACUGCAAAACACCCUUGGAACCUUAUGACCACCUCUGCUGAUGAAGGGCAAUUCUUGAAUAUGCUUCUCAAACUCAUCAAUGCCAAAAACACCAUGGAGAUUGGCGUUUUUACUGGUUACUCUCUUCUUGCUACUGCCAUGGCUCUUCCCGAUGAUGGCAAGAUUCUAGCCAUGGAUAUCAACCGCGAUAACUAUGAGAUUGGUCUUCCAGUAAUUGAAAAAGCUGGACUAGCUCACAAAAUUGAAUUCAGAGAAGGCCCAGCACUUCCCGUUCUUGACCAAAUGAUUGAAGAUGGGAAAUAUCAUGGAUCAUACGAUUUCAUAUUUGUGGACGCUGACAAGGACAAUUACUUGAACUAUCACAAGAGAUUAAUCGACUUGGUUAAGGUUGGUGGACUAAUUGGCUAUGACAACACCCUAUGGAACGGAUCGGUAGUGGCACCACCUGAUGCACCACUCAGAAAAUACGUUAGGUAUUAUAGAGAUUUCGUACUGGAACUCAACAAGGCCUUGGCUGCAGAUCCCAGAAUCGAAAUCUGUCAGCUUCCUGUUGGUGAUGGCAUCACCUUGUGUCGCCGCAUCAGUUAAAAUUUAUUGAAGAAUAGAAGGCAUGACACUGGUUUGGCUCAUGUCAAUGGAGGAUUAAUUAUUUUUUGAAAUUUCCAUGUUUCGAAUCAUUCAUUAUUUUGUCUUUUAUUUUUAAUUCUGUCUUUUCUGGUCAAGGGUCAUUGUCUAUGUACCUACUUGAUUAAUUGUACAAUGUAUUUUCAUAAAUAAGAACAAAAGUUCAAGUAAA